UAUAAUUGGAUAAUUAAAGUGUUGGAGUGCCACCUUGACAAAAUUUGUACACACUAGUGCACUACACAUUUAAAUUACAAAAAUAAUUUAACACAAAUUACACAAAUAAUUACACAAAUAAUUGAACACAAGUAUUAAUUAAACAUAUUCAAAGUUUAGACUACAUAAUUUAAUAUAUUUCGGAUAUUUCGGGCGGGUCGGGUUGAGAUUUUACAAACCCUACCCACCACCCGGUCUAGGCCCAAUACUAAUCGGAUUUUCGAUAUUCAGGUUUUCGGGUCGGAUAUCCAUAUCCAAUCGGAUAAUAUCCGGAAAAAAGUCGAGUUUUGAUGGUUCUGUUCGGGUUGUGCUCAGCCCUAGAAAUGUCUAUAGGUUUUGCUUCAAAAACAAAGAACUGGAAACGAAGCUGGCCUUUGCAUUUGACGAUCGCAACCGUAGACUGUGAGUCUAACCUCCGGUUGCCUCCAUAGUCUAUAGUUUUCUCCACCCACCGGCGUCUUCCAAAUCGCAAGUAUCCGACGUCAUUACUACGCCUUCUGUGCGUUCCUCCACCGGGAAACAAGACUACGCUCCAAAUUUUGCACAUUUCUCCGCCUGCUGUGAGUAUCCCAACCGUGUCCGGGACCGUUUACUUCGUAUCCGGUCAACCAGAAUCCACUUAGAGUUUGGGAGUGUCAAAUUAUUAGGGCCGGCUCAGGACAAAGGUAGCCAAAAUUUUGAGGGCCCGAAAAAAUAAAGAAACUAGUAUACUCCAGCCCAAUCCUAGCGUCCAAACUCUAACGCGCCCAACAAACCUUCGCUCUCUGUCCGCUAGACUUGGAAACACAAGCACGGGAACGACGAACUGACGAAGCGACGAAAGACUGAAGGAGGGCGACAAAGGCGAGUGACUGACUGACGACCGGCCAUCACCCACGAAUCCAGACUCUGUCCACCGCUCCACGACCGCAGGUCCGCAACUGCGCAGUAUUGGCAGUAAACUCAGCCCAAAUUCUGUUGUUGCACAGGGUCUCCAUUCUCUCAGGACCGCCCCUGGUCAUACUGGUCCCGCAGCGCUAUUUUUCUCGAGCUUCGGCUUGUCAGUGAUCUCAUAUCUGAGUACAACUUAUGCUCCAUGAACAUACAGAUCUUAGUAACAUCAGAAUCUCAUUUUCUUAUUCGGAUGCUGAAUGGCACCUUCCAAAUCAUAGACUCUAUCAGAGACCAAAUUGGCCUGGUGGUUGCUGGUUUUUACUGCUCCCAUCCUAACUCGGAGUUAAUCAAUACAAGAAAAGGCGGAAUGAUGCAAAGCCCUAUCCCUAGUGAACUAAAAACAAAAGAUUGCUUCUUCCAGAGGAAUGAAUUGCCUCCAAAUCAAGAUGGAGAUGCGGGUGCAGCAUUCAAUGUUUUAGAUUCAACAUUGAAGGUUAUAUUGGACCGACUGCAGAGCAUGAGGGAAAGAAAAUCGUGGACUUACAUUGGCUUUGAUAAAAUACACAAGUUGCAUUGUGAUGAACUUGUUAUUAGAACAUUAUGUAUGGAGGGCAAACUGGUGACUGCUUUUUCUCUAUGGAGCCAGAUGAUACAUAAAUUCAGCAUUCCCAGUAUAUAUACAUACAACUAUCUUAUUAGUGGACUUUGUAAAACUGGCUACAUGGAGAAAGCAGAGUGGAUUGUCAAAGAGAUGCAAUACCGGGGUCCUACUCCUAGUUGUGCUACAUAUAAUAACCUAAUUAACGGGUAUUGCCUUAUGAAUGAUUUGGACAGAGCUCUGGAGAUAUUCUCAACCAUGACUAGCAAUGGUAUUACCCCAAAUAGAGUUUCUUGUAAUAUACUUGUUGAUGCACUUUGCAAGAAGGGUCUCAUUGGGGAAUCAAAGAAACUUCUAGAGAUGAUAUUAGGCGAUAAGCAUGAUGACCCAGAUUUAAUCACAUCAACUAUAAUCAUGGAUGGUUGCUUUAAACAUGGGGAUAGUAUUCAAGCUCUUGCCAUAUGGGAGAAGUUAAGGAGAGUUCAGAUCGAUCAUAUUGCCUACAAUGUCAUCUUAAAUGGAUUCUGUUUGAGCCGGGACCCGAUCAUGGUAAACAGCUAUAUCUGUCAAAUGCUGAAGACUGGUUUUAAGCCUGACAUAUUUUCUUACAAUAUGUUAAUUGGUUUACUUUGUAAGAAAGGACAAAUGAAUGAAGCUUGUUAUAGAUUUGGUCUCAUGACAAGAAUGGGCAUUUGUCCUGACAGAAUCACUUACAAAAUCAUUAUUCAAGGCCUUUGUAUGAAUGGAGAAGUUAUUAAAGCUAAUUAUUUUCUUUGCUGUAUGUUAGAGAAUUCUAUCAUACCUGAACCUCUUAUUUGGAAUGUAAUCAUUCAUGGCUAUGGGAGAUAUGGAAAUGUAAGAAGAGCUGAAGAUAUUAGGAGCCAGAUGGUUGCAUCAAGUGUUAUACCUAAUGUAUAUACUUACAAUGCACUGAUCUAUGCAUAUAUAAACGUUGGAAAUUUCAUUGAAGCUCACUCUUUGAAAAAGAAGAUGCUUCUACAUGGGAUUCUACCUGAUUCGGUCACUUUUAAUUUGUUGAUUGGUGCAGCAUGUAACUUUGGUGAUAUUGAUCUCGCACUCCGCCUGCAUGGUGAUAUGUUUAGAAUAGGUUGUGAACCAGAUACAAUUACUUAUACCGAGUUGCUUAGGUGUUGCUGUGUAUCACAUAAAAUGAGAGAGGCAAACUGGCUCUUUGGCAUGAUAAGGAGAUCUGGGAUAAAACUUGACCAUGUUCCAUUUUUAUUAUUGAUGAAAAGAUAUUGGGGGAUGAGGGAGCUUGACAAAGCAUUUGAGCUUUAUCAAGAAUGGUUAAUGGCCAAGGAUAUAUGAUUGGUUCCACCACAAAAUAUUGUCGCUAUUUAGGUAGUGAUAGAAAUGUAAAGAGCCUAAAUUCCCCAAGGCAAUGGAUGCUGCUGCUCGAUCUAGAUGUUCGUGGCACUCCUAAGACAAUUAAAAAUGGUGAUCUCCUUUAAAGACGAUUCAUGUGAUGUGGUAAUAAGAAGAAGCUAAGUGUGAUCAGUAACAAGGAGUAGCACGUGGAAAGCUCCUAAGACCAUUGUUGAUAUCUUGGAUGAUCGAUUGGGGAGGGGGGCGGGUUCUACUCGCUUGGAACCCCCCUCCCACGGGGCGAAGCUGUGAAGGUUAUCAAGUUGUACCAGUAUUGUAAGUGUGGUGGCCAAAUCAUUUCUUGAUUCUAGCUCUUACUUUAAAAUUUUCAAUUGGUUCUAUCUUUGAAUGAUUGUUUGUAUUAUUAAAAUAAAAUUCCAUCAUUUUUUUUACUUCGGGCAGUUUUGUCUGAUGGGUUGGCCCAUGGUUGUAUGUAACAAAGACCCAAGUAGGUUUCAUCUGCUACCUUUUGAAUGCAGAUUGAUAAUGUGUUCGGUGACUUAUGGUUUAGGCAAAAAAAAAAAAACGAAAAAUCAGUUUCUUCAUGAACUGCUAUUUUCUUUUUGUUCCGCAUUCAGACUGCCUAGAAUAUUUCUGUAGUUUAAAUGGAAACUUAAAUCAGAUUUGC